AACGCAUCCCCCACGCGAGACCUCCUCCUACUCCUGCUCGUGCUCCGUCGGCACCCAGUUUCCUAGUUACCAUAUAUCUGCCCGUUGGAGAAGGGUGCAAGCGGUACCCAUUCCCACGAACACGACGGGAUUCAGGUUCAAACGGUUGUGUCGACGCCCAGCGCCGCCGCCACGCCACCACCACCACUACCAACUCUGGUACCCAAGACUUUGGGCCUCAACAAAAGAGGCCACGCCUACAGCUCCCACUUUCACAAGGUGCUCGGCAGUCGCUCUGCAUUUAGGGGUGGCUUCUUGUCACUUGCAGAAAACGGCGAACAACGCAGCAAUCGUCCCCCACUCAUACUCAUUCCACAUAUACCGUCCAGCCACCGACUGGGCUGUUCGAGACCGAGUCAAAAGGCAUCGUCGACGCAAGCUCGGCAACAACGACGCACGUUUCAUCAUCCUCUCCCAGGAUAGAAUUACCACCCGAGCCCAGCUCGCCUUGUUGUCGCACACCUAUCACAUCGUGCCUCUCGACGACGGGGACAGGUCGACCAUUUCGUCGCCAUCGUAGAGAGAGCUCGUCGUCCAUCUCGCGCCUUCCGACAACGCAUUUGAGAUCAGUCACGUGCAGUGGCCCUACUGCUGCUGCUCUACUGCUGCUUGUCGACCAGUACCUCACCGCCGCCGCAACCAGCCACGCUGGCGUGCUCCCCCCUCAUCGUUGCGUUGUUGCAGGUUCCCCCUGCCCACAGCAACCAAGGUUCCGUUCCUGGUUAUAUAUCAUAGCCCCCGUUUCGUUGCGUAAACAAAGCUCCCCCUCACUCCUCGCCACCGUCGCUUGCACCUCUUGCCACACUUGAGGCCAACCACGCCCGUUGGCCGCAACCCCGUUUGCAGCAGCAGCGACUACGGCCACACGGGUCGGUCGCCCACCCACCGCUUGUCUAGUCGGUCGGGUCGUCGCUGCAGAGACCGGUCUACGUCGGUCGGUCCUCGGGAAGGUCCCAAGCAUUUUCGACUGCGCCAGCAGCGAUCACCUGACCUCUGUGACCGACUUUGGCGUCCUCGUCCUUCAAACCCCUGGGGUGACCCUGGAGUGUUAGCCUGUAACCAACCCACCAAACAGGCACGCCAGCCAAAGGUUGAAUUCCAACGAGACACACAGUGUCCCCUGUGCAAGCCCAGCACCAGCAGCCCAGCAGCCAGCAUCGCCUCGCGGCCAAGCAGCCCAGCAGCUGUAGUACCCAGAGAAACAAGGCCCACCACCACACCCCAAACCCUCACAACCCCCCUCCCCUCCCUGUGUGGGUUGCGCCACGACUAUUUCUCUCAACCACAUCUGUACUUCUCCUUUCAAUAACUCUCUCAACUACGGCGCCGACACCUUCGACCGGCCAUGGGCUGGCUCAACAUCUUUGCUUGCUGUGUUCGCAGCAGAGAACACGACCGCCAUGAUGUUGCCUCGUCCGAGACGGAGACUCUGGUAGCCCCGUCACGCCUUCGGGAGCGCAGCCUAGUCACUCAACAGGAAGGGUACGGCACCAUGAGCAUGGACGCGGGCUUCAGUCCCCCACGCGCCGGCUUGACAGAAGAGCAACGAGCUCGCAUGACUGAGAUUUCUCGAGUCGCCGGAAGCCACAUGCGCCCUAUCGAUGAGGCCCGCCGCAGCUCGCUCAGCUUUACAUCGCGAGCGACCUCGUCAUCAGGACCACCACCAGGCUUGGCCCUGUCGGCACUCAACCCCGCAGACCUAGGGCUCGGUGCUCCACCAGGCCCCGACACCAACACAUCGGCAUCCCCGAGCCCACUGUCCAGCCGGACGUCGUCGCCCUCACCUUCUCGCCCCGACUCGUCACCUCCCGGCGGUGUCAUGCGCGCGUCUCGCUCGUCAUCAUCGGCGUCUGGCAACAGCGUCGAUGCCAACGGCGUCGUCCGCAAGUCGAUUUUCAACGGAGCGAUGACCUCGGCCAGUAGCAAGCCACGAGGCAAGGGACGACGACCACGCGCUUUGUCGCGCGCCACGCCGCCUCCAGCAUAGCAUAGAGCUGUCGACUGCCUGCAGCUUUGCAUAAAACAUGCUCGAGCAGGCUCGAGCGCAUAGCAUUGCCGUGCCCGUCUGGUGCAACACGCGUCCCACGACGUACCUCGACGACGGCCGUCUCACACAUCCUUGUUUCAGGAUUUACAGACACACCACACAUACACACAUACAUCACGCCUUCUGAACGACCGAAUGACCCAAUACCCCAUCGCUCUGGUUUUACCGGCGCUAUAGUGUAUCUUUUAGACCCGUGUAGUACAAGGGAAUGCAUUCUGGUAAUGCGACA